CUACCAUGCCCUUAAUAAAUCUGGUUAACAUUGUGAUUAUGGGGGGCCUGGGAAGCUCAGCGAGUAUUGAUGCUGACUACCACCCCUGGAGUUGCGAGUUCGAAUCCAGGGCGUGCUGAGUGACUCCAGCCAGGUGCAGGUCCUAUGCAACCAAAUUGGCCCGGUUGCUAGGGAGGGUAGAGUCACAUGGGGUAACCUCCUCGUGGUCGCGGUUAGUGGUUCUUGCUCUCAGUGGGAUGCGUGAUAAGUUGUGCAUGGAUCGCGGAGAGUAGCAUGAGCCUCCACAUGCUGUGAGUCUCCACGGUGUCAUGUACAAUGAGCCACGUGAUAGGAUGCGCGGAUUAACUGUCUCAGAAGCGGAGGCAACGGAGACUUGUCCACCGCCACCCGGAUUGAGGUGAGUAACCGCGCCACCACGAGGACCUACUAAGUAGUGGGAAUUGGGCAUUCCAAAUUGAGAGGAAAAGGGGAUUUAAAAAUAAAUAAAAAAUUUGAUUAUGGGUUUAAAGUUUUUGUGUGUGUUGGUAACUGUCAAGCACAUCAUCUCCAUUAUGUUAAGUCAUCCCUCUUAACAUGAAAAGACUUGUGGUGGUUUUUGUGUUCUUGCACUCAGUGGUUUGCUUGUUUUGCAUAGAGUUUGAUGUGUAAAAUUUAACUCAUUACCAUUGUUUAGCUAUCGUCCUAUGUCUUUGCCACCUCUCACAUACACACCAGUAUUUUUUCAAAUGAUCAGAGCCCCUUCCCCACUCCUCCCAACACACACACUCGUACACGCGCACAGUCACGCACACAAACAUUCAGUCGGUCAAGAGCUGGUGUGAUGACAGAUUAUGUGCUUUGUCAUGCUGGUUGGUGUUAUGUGUUUUUUCCUCCCCUAUACUGGAUAUAUUUUGUUACUUUUAGGCUUCCGUAACCCCGGUUGGCCGGCUGCGGAGACAGGGAGUCCUCGUUUCAGUACUGUGGCUCUCCACAUUAGACUUACUUUUUGCGGGUAAACAUGUUCUCCAAGGGCACCAAGCGUAAAUUUUCAGAUGGUGGUGAAGAGAUAUCAGACAAAAGCCUGGUAGGAGCCAGGGUGGCGUCCUCCUAUAGUUUGCAACGGCAGUCGCUACUGGACAUGUCCCUCAUCAAGCUGCAGUUAUGCCACAUGCUGGUGGAGCCCAACCUCUGCCGCUCGGUUCUAAUUGCCAACACAGUGAGGCAGAUUCAGGAGGAGAUGACCCACGAUGGCAGCUGGCAGGUGGUCACUGAAGCUUUCUGCAGCGCAGGCCAAAGCCCCUCUGAGCGCUUAGUGGCCACCGAGGUACUUUGCAGGUCACGGGAGCCAGACGCAGAGCCCAAGCUCUUUUCUGUCAUCACCUACGAAGGUUGCCGUGAAGAGGAGGUGGUAGCUGACGAGACACUUUGCUCCGUUUCAGUUAGCGACACUGUCUCUAACGUGUGUCUGGCAGGAAGUAUGGACCAAUGCUGGGAGAGGGGUGAGCUCAGUGUUGUAGAGAGCGAUGAAGAGGCCCUUGAAGACUCUAGGCUAGGUUCAGAAGAAGAUGAGGAGAACGAAGAAGCAGAAGAGGCUUCCAGGCAGGGUCCAAAGUCCAGGGGACAAGUUUUUGGGACAUUUGAAAUAAAAAACGGUUCCCCAGGUCCAGAGUCUGCUCUUGAGGAGUUGUUCUCAGAUGUGGAUACCUCCUACUAUGACCUGGACACUAUGCUAACUGGCAUCCAGGGUGCACCCAAGAUGGGCCCUUAUGACCUCCUUGACAGCUUGGCACCUUCACACAGUUCCCCAUCCAUAGUGUCCACCCCAAACUGUCGUUCUGAUCUCAAUGAACUGGAUCACAUCAUGGAAAUCAUUGUGGGUUCUUAGGUUAGAACUUUUUCAGAGACUUACACGCUUGUCUUAAUUUUACAGGCUUUUCUGUUCUGUAUGGAAAGCAAGUUAAAUCUGGAGUCCUUUCACGGAAAAGAAUUGAUGUCUUGUGAAGGAUGGCCUUGAUUUUAUGAGCUGACCAUAGGCAUCUUAUUUGCAUACUCUUUGUAUGUUUUAAUGUUUUUUCUCUAUAUUUGUCUGUCCAGACAUGCUGUUUUGUUUAAUUUAUUUGUUUUACUCAUGACACUACAGAGAGCAGAACAAGAUGUAUACAAAAGUUGUAAAGUGUGGGAUAUUUUCAUAUGGAGACAAAAGAUUGUCUAAAUUAUGUACAUAAAUAUAUAUUUUUACAAUAGAUUUUGCUUGUAAUAUGUUACUGUACAUUCUGUACAUGUUCUACAAAUUGAUUUUAAACGAAAAGAUUAGAUUCUUAUGUGCAAAAGCAGUCUUCCAUUUUUAAAAAUCCACAAACUGAAGGAACUUCAUUCAAUGGUCGAAUUUAAAAAAGGCAUCAAGUAUUUAAACAAUGAUGCAUGUUUUAAAUUAACAUGCUCAUUUGCACAAAGUUUUUUUUUUUUUUUUGCUCAUGGUUUGAUUGCAGUUGGUUGUCAAUCCGCUCAGCCGUAGGUUUUGUUUGUUGUUAGACGUCAAUGUUAUUUUUGUCUUCUCAACAAAUGAAGAAUAAUGGGGCCAGCCCAUUCUAUAUUGUGACUUAAUUUAUUUAAUUUAUUUACUGCAAAUGGUGAGUGUUGGCUGUGGUCAAACUCAGGGUGGCAUUUUAACUCUGGAGGACUUAAUGGGCCUGAUUCACCAAAGCCUUUUGCUCAAACGAAACCUGGGUUGUAUGGGAAGCCGUCACAGAAUUAGUGUUUGGUAAGUUAAUUUGCACCAAUUAUUGGUUCAAGUAUUGGUUUUGAAAGAGUUAAUUGUUUUAAUAUGGGCAAACGGUUUGCAUAUAUCUGUCUCUUAGUCCUUUGGGCCCCUCAUAAUGAGAAGGCAUUUGUCAAGUUCUAUGCAUUGGGUGUUGUAACACUUUCUAUGCAUGAAGUGUUUCAAGAUGCAUUUAGUACAUUCUUUUUUUUUUUUUAUAAAUAUCACUUGAGAAUGAGUCAUCAAGAGAUGGUUGUAUUUUACCUCAAAGUUUUCCCCCAUGUUACAUAAAUUAUUUGGUUUUGUCUCAAAUUUAUUUUUUGCAUAAACUAUGUUUGUGCAAAUCGUUGGUUAUUACACAUGGAUAAUUAUGUUUUCAUCUGCAUUGUCUCAAUUUCCAAGAGAAGAAAUGUCUUUAUUGUAUGAUCUUAAACUAGUAUAGAGUAUAAACAUUUUAUAUGAGCAUUGUAGCUUUUUUAACUUUUUUUUUAAUAAAAGGUACAACAUUUAU